AUGGCAGGUACUUCGGCAGAAGACACAGAACUGAGAUGGGACUUAGGGGAUGCGGAUGUGGAUUCAAUCUGGACGAGAAAUAGGAUUUACGUGAAACGGGGUGGAAGUUUGUUCACCUAUAAACUUGCUGGUUCUGAUUCCAAAAAGAAUUUUAAAGCUCCAAUCGGUGGAGUUAUAAAGAUCAACCACGACGUCCUCAAGAAUGGUGGGAGUUUGAAGAAUGGAGAUCUGUUGGCCUGGAUAGGAGGGGAAUGUCCACACGAGAUGGUUUUGCAUGGUAGUUGCGUAACAUGUCAUCAGCUUAUAGAAAGGUAUGUUGUUUUUGUAAUAUUGGUAGUUGAUAUUGUCAAUAGUUUGUUUUUUGUUUACACGAUUAAGGCUAUAUGCUACUUGAACCUUAUGAUGAAUAUACAGUGUAAAUUUAAAGCUUUAUUUAUGUUUAAACUGACUUUAAUUUAAAUUGGUUUUAGAAAACCGAACUCUGGAGAAGAAUAUGUGUCAAUGGUUCACAAUAAACCAGCAUUGAUGGUCACGAAAAGGGUAAGUUUAAUUUCUUAUAUUGUUUUAUGUUUAGAAAGCGCAUCAAGAGGGUAGAGAAUCUCAACUAAAUCUUUUGGCUGUGAGAAAACUGGUUUUGAUGGUGGAUCUGGAUCAAACUGUCAUCCACACGACUAACAAGCCUCCGACAAUUGAAGAACUGAUGACUGUAAGUAUAGAGCACUUUUUUCGAUAUUAAGUUAACAUACUCUGUUAAGUUAAUUUAGAGUUAUGACGUUUUCACUGACGUAAUAAUGUGGGUAAUGAUUGUCAACAUCAAUUAUUAUGUAACGUUUGUAUAUUAAAAUGUCAUGUUUUAGAAAAUCUACAGCUACACAAUUCAAGGGUUUGGCUAUCACACCAAGAUUCGUCCUAAUGCUAUGCAGUUUCUGGAGGUUAUGAAAGAGAAGUUUGAACUUCAUGUUUGUACGUAUGGCAAGAGAGAAUAUGCUGAUCGAGUCGUUAGUCUACUUGACCCCAAGAAGAUCUACUUCAACCAACGAGUCCUGACAAGAGAUGAGUUGAGAAGUCAGCACGAUAAGAGGUCUAACAUGAGCUCGUUGUUCCCAGCUGGUGAGGAAAUGGUGUUGAUGGUAGACGACCGUUGCGAUGUCUGGGGAUGGUCUGAUGCUCUAAUCUGGGUAGGACUUUUUCUAUGUUACAUUUUUUAAUUUUUGUUUAUGACAAUGUUAUUUUUUAUCCUACAUUUCAGGUUCAACCCUACACUUACUUUGACAAUAUUGGUGAUAUCAACGAUCCAAAAUUGAUAAAGAAGAAGCAAGAGAUAGGGAACAAGAUGGAGGAUGAGGAGGAAACAGAAGCCGCUGAACAGAUUCUGGAGAAGGAAGAAGCUGAAGCGGCGGAAGAAUCCAGGAUGCUUGAUGAUGAAGGAAAGGAAGAAGGCGAAGUUAUUCCAGGAGAAGGUCAGGUUGUUUCGAAUCCUGAGGUUGCUGAAGAGACAGAGAAAGUAGAUGAGGUUGAAGAGAAGACAGAAGAAGGUAUUGACAUUCAUACAGUCGAAGAAGAAAAGACAGAAGAUCAACCUGGAACGAGUAAACAAGGCGAUUCAGAAGCACCGACUUUAGCCAAAGCAGAAGUCAAACCUGAAGAAGUGAGACAGUCAGAGAAACCUGCAUUCUUAGUUCCACACAAGCCCAGAGUGAUUAAAGAAGACACUGUAUUGCUCAGUAUUGCAGAUGUUUUGACUAAGAUACACACCAGCUUUUACCGACAUUACACUAAGCACGGAAAGGUAUGGGAUUGUCUUCUUCUAACAAUUUGUGUACUUUAAGAAAAAUUUUAACGUUAAAGGGGCAAAAAUGUAUAAUAGUGAUAUUUCAGGUACCUCAUGUAAGAGAAAUUGCCAAAUCCUUGAGGCUAGGAGUUCUGAAGGAGGAAACGAUUACGUUCUCGGGUCUGCCAAAGUUUGGCGAUCUCAGGAAACACCCUUUGAUCAGCUGUGCGGAAGCUUUUGGAGCUAACGUUGAAGAAGAAGUUACAGAUAAAACCACUGUGCUUGUAGCUCAAAAGAUACGAACAUCGUAAGUUCAUUUUUUAUCAAAAAUUUUACAAUUUAUCAUGAUUUAUAUUACAUUAUUACUUGUUAUUUCACUGCGUUUUCAGCAAGUACUUCGAGGCUACCAAACGCAAUAUACCUAUUGUGAAUCAAAAAUGGGUGGAAGAUUCAGCCGCGCAUUGGAAGAACAUGGACAAAAACAACUACACAGACCCUGACUCUUUAGUACCAUCAGCACCAUGCGGGUUACCACAAGACAUAUCAGACAAAGGCGACAUAGCCACACUCGGCCGAAGUGACAUAAAGAAGAUGGCAGAAGAAGUGGAUGACUUUCUGGAUGAAGAUUCUGAAGAGGACGAAGAAACAGAAGGCGAGUUGAAGCGGAAAACAGAAGACGAAGAAGCAGGAACCUCAUCAAAGGUGCCCAGGCUAGAAGAACAAGAAGAUGAUGAAGACAAGGAAGAUAACGAAGGAGCAGAAGACAACAACUCGGAACUGUUUGGAGAGGAAUCUGGAGACUCCGAAGACGACAUGGCAGCCGACCUCGAGAACCUACUCAACAACUAA